UUGAUAUUUUUUUAAGACUAUUAUUAUUAAAGUACAUAAAAGCCCUCGGAUAGAAAUCCAUCUCAUCCAUCUAUUCAUCCCUACCAAAAAAAACCCUAAUUGCGUCGCGGGCCGCCCGCCCCUCCAAACAAACGUGCCGCUUUUUCUUCCAGUUCGCCGUUUUCUUUAUCCUCCCCCUACCUUCUUCACCUACGCAACCUUCGUCUCUCCUCCUAUCCAGAUCUGAAACGAGAAUAUCACCGACAUAUUCAUACACUCACAGAUCUAACGGCGGGCCUUAGCCUUACCAUGGUGGUUAACGGGCGACCCACAAAGAGGUUGGUUAAGAGGCGCGUGACCGCGGAACUUAGUGAUUUUCUGACUUUUCCGACCGCCGGCGAUCUAGCCUCGCCGGUUGCUGCAAAGCCUUUCAGAACAGCCGUUAGGGAGUUCCUGACGACGCACGCGCUCUUACCGCCCCCUUCCUCACUUUUCCCCCAUCUACUGACUUGGCAGAUCCUCUUCCGCGUCGGCGACCUAACCGCAGACGACGGUGGACCGUCGGUUGUCUGCCUCGACGUCGUGGAGGAGGAUGUGGCCAGAUCUAGAUCCGUUUAUUGCGAUCAGUGUCGCGUCGUUGGUUGGAGUGGUAAUCCGGUGAGCGCGAAGCGCUAUCAUUUUAUAGUUAAGUCGGAUGGCAACUCGAUCGCUGGAUACAACAAAACGUGUGCGGGAUGUGGCGAUCCUCUCCACAUGACCGAUUCGAGGUGCAAAGCAUGCAAUCAUGUGAUGACCACAGAAGACGUUGAAGAUUGGAUGUACCAGCAGUUGGAGAGUACAACUCAUUUGUUGCACGGUGUGAUACACUGUAAUGGAUAUGGGCAUCUUCUCAGAGUUAAUGGUAGGGAAGGUGGAUCAAGGCUUCUCACUGGACGUCAAAUCAUGAACUUUUGGGAUCGCCUCUGCACAAUGUUGGGGGUCAGGAAAGUAAGUGUGAUGGAUGUCUCGAAGAAGAAUGGAAUGGAAUUUCGCUUGCUCCACGCUGUGACGAAAGGCCAUCCUUGGUAUGGAGAGUGGGGCUUUAGUUUUGGUGCUGGUAGUUUUUCUCUGACUGUAGAUGACUACAAUAAAGCAGUGGAGAGCCUUUCAUCGUUGCCCUUGUCCAUGUUUCAAUCCCAAGGAAGAAAGCCUAGAACUCGGCUGCAGGAUUUGAUUUCAUUUUAUCAGUCCAUAUCAGAAUGCAAGCUUGUCACUGUUUGUGACCUUUUCCGUUUCUUGAUGAGUAUGAUCCAAGAGAAACACCAUCCCAAACCCCUGCAAUUCAGGACCUUUGGUGAUUCUUCUUGCAAGAAACGCAAAACUUGUGAUGAGUCGAGGACAUUAUGUUCAUGGACCUUUGACGAUAUAAAGCGAGUUGAAGAUGCAAUGUUCAAGGUGUUGCGUGCUGUUACUGGGUCCACCUGGGUUAGUUGGAGGGCACUUAGAGGCGCUGUUUGCAAGGCAGGCACGCCGGAGCUUCUGGAUUACUGCCUUAAAGAACUCAAGGGCAAACAGGCAGCUCCAGGCUUGAUUGUUGCUGCCCGAUGCGUCUCUGAAUCUUCUGGUGCCAUGGAGUACAGACUUGAGCCAGGAAGUGCAUCCAUACCAGCCAACACCCCUACAAGCUGCUUCCCGAUGGCGAGCUGCCUUUCAGAAGAGAGGCUUUUGCACGAUCUAAGAUAUUUUUACGAGUGCAUGCUUCAUCCCAAGUCAAUGGCAUUGAGUGUUACUCCAGGUAGAAGGAAUCCUGCGGCCAGCUCGGCGAUGACAAUUCUUGAUUGCAAACAGUUUGUGAAAGACUACUGCCCGGAGCAGCAUCUAUUUAUUUCAAAGGAAAAUAUGGUACAUCUUCUAUGUGAGGUCGACCUUAAGGAACAAAAUGGAGAAUGCAGUGGCACCUGUAAUCCUCCACCAGAGUUUAUCAUCCUCCCUCCCGGUGCUACCAUUGCUGACCUAAAGCUUGAAGCUACAAGAACCUUCCAAGAGGUGUACUUGAUGUUCAGAAGGUUCCAAGCUGAUGAGCUAAUUGGCUACAGUGGGGUUGCUGAAUCCACCCAAAUAAAGCUCUUACUGGGGUCGACAGCAGAAUACGUUGGUAUCCGAGGGCGUUUCCUGGGAAAGAAUGCCCAUGGAAGGUUCAGAAUGGAGAGGGGGCUGGAGCGAUGGAUAGUGGACUGUGUUUGCGGGGCAAAGGAUGAUGAUGGGGAGAGAAUGUUGGCGUGCGACAUUUGCGAGAUAUGGCAACACUCCAGAUGUUACGGAAUCCCAGAUUCGGAUGCUGUGCCCGCUGAGUUUUUCUGCAGUCGAUGCAGACGAGCAGCUGUAAAGAUGAAUAGCAGCAGCUGUAGCUGGGAAGAAGACGAAGAGGAAUUUGAAGAAGAUGAAUAUGACAUUAAAACUGAGGAUGCCCUCAUUGAUGCCAUGAUGAUUGAAGCAGGAGCAGCUCAACUUCUGGACUAAAUUGUAAAUAUUUUUCUUGUAUUUAGAUCCCAUCCGUCCAAUGGGGAAAAUUGUGUAAAUAUAGAAUUUCGAAUA